GGGCUGGGCGCGGGGUAAAAGCCGCGGAGCGAGCGAGGGAGGCCGCACUCUUGCACUGCGCAGGGACCGCCUUGGACCGCAGUUGCCGCCCAGGAAUCCCAGCGUCGCGGUGGACACGCCUCCCACUGCCUCCCUGGCGCCCCUGCCGCCCACCUGCUCACCCAGCUCAGGGGCUUUGGAGGUGCAGGAGAACAGCUCAGUGAUACCAUCUAACUUGUUGACGUUACUUUUAUUUAAAGGAACGUAUAUUGGAGCUUAACUUAGAAAGAAGGAAGAUGGUUCUUUCUGAAGUGGACAUUGUAAAAGCUGAUCCAGCUGCUGCAUCCCAACCUCUCUUACUGAAUGGAGAUGCUGACGUGGCCCAGAAGAGUCCGGGCUCGGUGGCUGAGAACAACCUGUGCAGCCAGUACGAGGAGAAGGUGCGCCCCUGCAUCGACCUCAUCGACUCCCUGCGGGCUCUGGGUGUGGAGCAGGACCUGGCCCUGCCGGCCAUCGCCGUCAUCGGGGACCAGAGCUCGGGCAAGAGCUCUGUGUUGGAGGCAUUGUCAGGAGUUGCCCUUCCCAGAGGCAGUGGGAUCGUGACUAGAUGCCCGCUGGUGCUGAAACUGAAGAAACUUGUGAACGAAGAUGAGUGGAGAGGCAAGGUCAGUUACCAGGACUACGAGACUGAGAUUUUGGAUGCUUCAGAGGUAGAAGAGGAAAUUAAUAAAGCCCAGAAUACCAUCGCCGGGGAAGGAAUGGGAAUCAGUCAUGAGCUAAUUACCCUGGAGAUCAGCUCCCGAGAUGUCCCAGAUCUGACUCUAAUAGACCUUCCUGGGAUAACCAGAGUGGCUGUGGGCAAUCAACCUCCUGACAUUGGGUAUAAGAUCAAGACACUCAUCAGGAAGUACAUCCAGAGGCAGGAGACGAUCAACCUGGUGGUGGUCCCCAGUAAUGUGGACAUCGCCACCACAGAGGCGCUGAGCAUGGCCCAGGAGGUGGACCCCGAGGGAGACAGGACCAUCGGGAUCUGCUGGAGGAAGGCAAGGCCACGAUUCCCUGCCUGGCAGAGAAACUUACCAGCGAGCUCAUCGCACACAUCUGUAAAUCUCUGCCGCUGUUAGAAAAUCAAAUCAAGGAGAGUCACCAGGGAAUAACAGAGGAGCUACAAAAGUAUGGUGUCGACAUACCGGAAGAUGAAAAUGAAAAAAUGUUCUUUCUGAUAGACAAAAUUAAUGCCUUUAAUCAGGACAUCACUGCUCUCAUACAAGGGGAGGAAACUGUAGGGGAAGAUGACAGCCGACUGUUUACCAGACUGCGACGUGAGUUCCACAAAUGGGGUAUAAUAAUUGAAAACAAUUUGCAAGAAGGCCAUAAAAUUACGAGUAGAAAAAUGCAGAAAUUUGAAAAUCAGUAUCGUGGUAGAGAGCUGCCAGGCUUUGUGAAUUACAGGACAUUUGAGACAAUCGUAAAACAGCAAAUCAAGGCGCUGGAAGAGCCAGCUGUGAAUAUGCUACACACCGUGACGGAUAUGGUCCGGCUUGCUUUCACAGAUGUUUCAAUGAAAAAUUUUGAAGAACUUUUUAACCUCCACAGAACCGCCAAGUCCAAAAUCGAAGACAUUAGAACAGAACAAGAGAGAGAAGGUGAGAAGCUGAUCCGCCUCCACUUCCAGAUGGAGCAGAUUGUCUACUGCCAGGACCAGGUGUACAGGGGUGCAUUGCAGAAGGUCAGAGAGAAGGAGCUGGAAGAAGAAAAGAAGAAGAAAUCCUGGGAUGUGGGGACUUUCCAGUUCUCCUCGACAGAAUCUUCCAUGGAGGAGAUCUUUCAGCACCUGAUGGCCUAUCACCAGGAGGCCAGCAAGCGCAUCUCCAGCCACAUCCCUUUGAUCAUCCAGUUCUUCAUGCUCCAGACAUAUGGCCAGCAGCUUCAGAAGGCCAUGCUGCAGCUCCUGCAGGACAAGGACACCUAUAGCUGGCUCCUGAAGGAGCGGAGCGACACCAGUGACAAGCGGAAGUUCCUGAAGGAGCGGCUUGCACGGCUGACGCAAGCUCGGCGCCGGCUCGCCCAGUUCCCUGGCUAACCACGCUCUGUCCAGCCCUGUAAAGGUGCACUCACACCGUCUGCCCCUGUUCCCAGGUAACCACUGAACAGACUACUUGAGUGCUCAGUAGUCAGACUUGAUAGUCACAGUCUCUGCUUAUCCAUUAGCCCAUGGCAAUUUAGUGAGAAGCUGUGAGAGCAGUUUGGUUUCCAGCAUGAAGACAAAGCCCCACCCUCAGAUGCACAUGAGCUGGUGGGGAUGAAGGAUGCUGUCUUCGUACUGGGAAAGGGAUUUUCAGCCCUCAGAAUUGCUCCGCCUGGCAGCUCUUCCCCUUCUCUGUAUUCUUAGGAGCUGACAUGGACUGAGCAUCACAGAAGCUUAUUUCCUGGUUUUUGUAAUGUCCCUACACAAAUCCAGUGUUUUAGGAGCAUGAGUGCUAUGUGUGUCAGUCCUGUCAGAGCCCUGUCUCCUCCGUUUGUAAUAAACUUAUCUCUAGUGGA